CACAGACGCCACAGAACAAGUGUGAAUGAAGCCAAGUUUCUUAUUAGAGUACCCUUCCAUUCGCAACCUACGCUUUUGCACCUUCUUCGUUUUAUUGUUUUCGGUCGGAAAAGAAGAACAAAAACAUUAAGCAGACAAAGAACAUCUCUUUCCAACGAAAAUUUAUUACUCUAUUGAACCUCAAACUCGAUCUUGGAGGGGGAGUCUGUGGGGAAAUACUCCUGGUCCUACUUCUUCAACCGCUACAGUCAUUAAUUUCAACCUCUGCAGAACCUCCAAGAAGGGUGUGACUGUGAUGAACCGAUGAAAUUGAUGACCCAUUUCAAGCAAGUUAAGUCUGCAUCUAAAAAAUGUUUCUUUGCCCGCAAUCAAAUCUGGCUGCAAUAGUGUUGACAAUCUUGGUAGCGAUCACCACAAAAGCACAAAACCUCACCUGCAAUCGCCAAUGCGGGGAUCAGACUCUUCAAUUUCCCUUUGGAUUCUCCGAAGGUUGUGAAAUCCGAUUGAAGUGUUCAGAAAAGCGAGUCCAAGUUGAGGAAUUUGUGGUCCGAAACGUAACGAACAGCAACAUAUUGGUGGAUCUCCCUGCAAAAUGCAACCGUAGCAUGCAGUCCAUUGGGCCACUUUUCGGUGAGAAUUUUGCCCCUACGUUGAACAAUAGCUUUCUGGUGCAAGAUUGCAGAGAGGUGCUGGGUGGGUGCGUUAUUCCUGCUUCAAGUUUUGUGGGGAGGCAUUUUGAUGUGGAGAGCUGCGACGAGAGGAGUAGUAACAUAAGCUGCUUCAAUAAGGUGGAGCAAAAGGAUGAAGUGGAUGUUGUAUCGUACGAUGAUUUGAACAAUUCGAGGUGUAAGUACUUGUUCUCUGCGCUUUCUUUUGCACAGAGCCAGGAGAUUCAGCUUCAGUUUCAGGUGGUGGAGUUGGGGUGGUGGCUCAGAGGGGACUGUCGGUGUUCUCAAAACGCUACCUGUACCACGCUGCGUCUCCACGGUGGGGACGCAGGGUUCCGCUGCCACUGUCUCCAAGGUUUCUGGGGUGACGGCUUCGUCCACGGCACCGGUUGCCGGAAAGCUUCAUCAAGUUGCAGUGCUUCAACAAUAACGUCCGGGGGAUGUGGGAAAGCAACCAAAAUCGGUGUUGUUGUUGGAGUGAUCAUAGCUGGAACUUUGGUGGUGGCUGGUGUGUUUCUUCUAUGGUAUUGUGCCUGGCGCCGUUCUACUUGGUUGGGAAAACACACCAUAGUAAAACGCCAAUUACGUGAAGCUGCAGGCGACUCUAGUGUACCUUUCUAUCCUUACAAAGAAAUAGAGAAGGCCACAAGUUCUUUCUCUGACAAACACAGGCUGGGAACUGGGGCUUUUGGCACAGUUUAUGCUGGAAAACUGCACAAUGAUGAGUGGGUUGCUAUAAAGAAGUUAAGGCAAAGAGACACCAACAGCGUUGACCAAGUCAUGAAUGAGAUCAAGCUCCUUUCUUCAGUGAGUCACCCAAAUUUGGUUCGCCUCUUAGGUUGCUGCAUAGAGAAGGGAGAGCAGAUUCUUGUUUAUGAAUACAUGCAAAAUGGAACACUUUCUCAGCAUUUGCAAAAAGAGAGGGGUAAAGGACUUCCGUGGACAAUACGCCUUACCAUUGCUACUGAAACUGCUAAUGUCAUAGCAUAUCUCCAUUCUGCAAUUCACCCUCCAAUUUACCAUAGAGACAUAAAAUCUAGUAACAUACUUUUGGAUUAUAACUUCAAAUCUAAAAUAGCUGAUUUUGGGCUUUCUAGGAUUGGCAUGAUGGAAACAUCUCAUAUCUCAACUGCCCCACAAGGGACUCCAGGUUAUGUGGAUCCUCAAUACCAUCAGAACUUUCACCUUUCUGAUAAAAGUGAUGUCUACAGUUUUGGAGUGGUUUUGGUAGAGAUAAUAACUGCCAUGAAAGUGGUUGAUUUUGCUCGACCUCGGAGUGAGGUAAAUUUAGCUGCUCUUGCUGUUGAUAGGAUUAGGAGGGGUACCAUAGAUGAGAUCAUAGACCCCUUCCUUGAACCACAUAGAGAUGCUUGGACACUAUACUCUAUUCAUAAGGUGGCUGAGCUUGCAUUUAGAUGCCUUGCUUUUCAUAGUGACAUGAGGCCUACUAUGAUGGAAGUGGCAGAGGAGCUAGAGCACAUUAGACAAAGUGGAUGGGCAGCUAUGGAGGAAACUGUCACGGCUUCAUCGAUUGGUUCCACUAGUUCAUCACCUCGCCAUGGAAGUGAGAGGUCACUGAGUGGCAUUAAAAAAGCUGGGCAUGGGAGUGAGAGAUUGAUUGUUUCACAGAAGACAGAAUGUCUUUUGCAUUCUGUGGAGGUGAAGGAUAGCUCCCCUGUAUCAGUGCAUGAUCGUUGGUCAAGUGGACCUAGCUCACCUUCAUCAAACAGCUUGUUGGGAAAUGUCAUCCCGUGACAGAUAGCCUCCAGCAAUGUGAAUACUAAAGGCACAUAACACUUUUCUUUCCUCCGUUUUUGUUGCUAUAGCUAUUUUUACGUAUGCAUAAAUCAUCAGAAAUCAAUAUAUAGAUUCGCUACGCAGACAGGAUCAAAACUAUAAAUAGUUCCUAUAUAUGUAUAAUUGUGGUUGGAAAAGCCACCUUUGACUACAAUUGUUUAUUUAGUAAUGGCAGCUAAUGAUGGAAAUGCGCAAAAUCAUGGGGCUUUUGGUCUGACUAGUCCAA